AUGUCGUGGGAUAGAACGUGCUCUAUGUCAACAACAUCAUCAUCCUCAUCAUCCUCAUCAACUGGUAGUGUUUCGUCGACAACGUUCCCACUGUCGGCAUUACCACGUGACUAUGAGAUAUCACACCCACCACCAUCAUCAUCGUCUUCUUCUUUUUUCUUUCUUCCUUCUUCUGAUUACGUUGAAGAACAAUCUGCAAAAGAACAAGAACAAAGUAACUUAUUACCGCCGCCACUGCCUACAACGCCUUACAGUUAUCAUCACCAACCUCAUCAUCAUCACCUUUAUUCGCCUGUAUUUCCCUCGCGUGUCAAUCUGUCAGACACACGUUCAUGUAAUACAACCAACAAUUAUCCAUCUCAAGUGCCAUUAUACGAUACGUCUUCUUCGUUUCAAUCCCCAUUUAUAUAUGAGCAAUAUUUAACAUCAUUGAAAAGUGAACAAUCCGAGCAUUUGCCAUAUUUAUUUGAUAAUAUUAUUUAUCCACAACCAUGCUCACCGCCAUCACCAACCAAUGAUUCCAUAACAUAUUAUCAACUUGAUCAAGCUAACACAACAACAGUCAUAAAUAAACUUCCUCAACAGCCUCAUAUACAAACACUCCAACCUAUUACUUAUCAACAAUUAUCACUUGUUGAACCGGCAACAUCGAAUAUUCAACAAAAAUUACCUAUUGUUAAACGUUUUUAUUACGAUUCAAAUAUGUCAAAUACAACAACAACAACUAUUCUGACAACAACUCCAAUAAUGACAAAUACGAAUGAAAAUGAUCAUAGUAAUUUACCUUAUGCUCGUCUUGAUUCAACUUAUUUUGGUACAUAUGAUAUUUGGCAUGAAAGAACAGUUAUUGGAAGAAAAAAUAAUCGACGCGAAGUCGAUGUUAGUAUGGGCUCAACCCCUGUUGUUUCUCGUAUUCAUUUUGAAUUAUUGCUUCUGAAUGGUAGUGAAUUUCAUUUAAAAUGUCUCAGUAAAAAUGGAAUCUUUAUCAAUAAUAAAUAUGGAAAAAUGUCGUCAACAACUAUUUUACCUAAACAAUGUACCCUGCGUUUUCCAAGUACUGAUUUAUGUAUAUCAUUUUCAUCGUUAAUCAAUAAUAAUCAUAAUUCAGUAAGUCGAACAUCAAUGGAAAAUACUCCACGUCAUAUAUCAGCUGAUACAUCACAAAAUCCCCGACGUUUAUCAUCAUCAAUGCCAAUUGAUAUAACAUCUUUAAUAUCACUUCAAUCAGUUCCGAAUAUUACACCACCACAACAACAAGUUAUUUUUGUUGAAGUUAGUCAACAAGCUCAACGCAUACUCAAUCAUGAAUCCAAUAAUAAUCUUCCACCAUUGACAAUUAACAUACCAAAUUCGUUGUCGUCAUCAACGGGUUCAUCGAUUUCAGCUGGCAGUAGCACAGGACAUAUAAUAUAUCAUUAUGAGAGCCCAAAACAAAAUAAUAAUUCUUUUCUAGGUUCAUCCAUUUCAUCUUGUUCAACAAGUCCGAAAAAUGAAACAAAUGAAAGUCAAGCCACAGUUAGUUCCCCAAUCAUUCAACGAAUUUCAUCGACUACGACAGAUAAUAUUCAACACGAACAUGACAAUAAUAAUCUCAAAACACUUACUAAACCACCAUUUUCCUAUGCUCAAUUAAUAGUUCAAGCGAUUAUAUCUGCAUCUGAUAGACAAAUGACACUAAGUCAAAUCUAUAAUUUUAUAUCAGCUCAAUAUCCAUAUUAUGCAGCAAACAACCGUGGUUGGCAAAAUUCCAUACGACAUAAUCUUAGUUUAAAUCGUUAUUUUAUUCGUCUUGCUCGUAAAGAAAACGAAUCUGGUAAAGGAAGCUUUUGGCGCUUAGAUCAAACCUGCGAAGAAAAACUAAUUGAUCAUGCAUUCCGACAUCGCAAACAACGAGCUAGUUCAACCAAUACAUCAACACAUUCGAAUGCGAAAAAUGAGCCUGAAGAAAUUCAUUCGCCGAACACACACUUUUGUAAUGAUCAAACAGAAUUUUUAUUAGCUGAUAUUCAUACAAGUAAUCCAUCGACACCCUUAUCGCCGAUGGCAAGUCCAUUAACAACAGUUAUAUCUCCUACUCGGCAACCUAAAGAUUAUAAACGAAAACGAGCUGAUGAUGACGACGAUUCCAUCAAUCGUGAAAUAGAAGCAUUAUUAAAUUCCAUGAUAAAAUCUAUUGACAAUAACAUAACAAUACUUUUCAAUAAAGCAAUAAAACGUCAGAAAACAUGA